CGCCCCCCCCAGCGGGGGAAGUGACUCUGCCGCACUUCCUGGGGCGGUGUCGGAGCGGCCGCGGGCCCGGCCAUGGAGCCCCCCCCGGAGCGCGGUGAGGCGGGACCCCCCCCCGGCGAGGCCGAGGCCCCCCCGGGGCCGCUGGAGCUGCGGCUGCGGACGGUGGAGCGGGAGCUGGCGCUGGUCAAGGCGGCGCUGGGGGAGACCCUGCGCAGGUUGGGGGGCUGCGACCCCCCCGGGGGGCUCGCCCCCAGCGGAGCCCCCCCGGAGCCCCCCCGGAGCAUCAGCGUGGGGACGCAGACGGAGGAGCUCCCCCUGCGCCCCCCGAGCCCCCCCCAGGAGCCCCCCGGGACCGGCGGAGCCCCCCCGGAGCCGCCCCCGCCGGGGUCCCCCCCGCUGCGCCGCCACAGCUCCUCCUCGGGCCCCCCCAGCCCCCGGCAGCGCCUGAGCCGCAAAGCGGCGUCGUCAGCGAACCUGCUGCAGGGCAGCCCCGAGAGCCUCCCGCCGUGGCAAUUACAACCUGGGUGA